ACUUCGUGCACUGUACUAUGCAAAAAUGGCAAAAAUGCAUCAGCGCCUUACGGCAGCGUUUCCUAUGUGUUAAUGUGUGUGUGUAUGUACUGAAUCGCGACUCCCCACCACUCCUCGAUUACCUAAGGACGUCGGCAUUUCGAGCUAUCGAGAUCUGUAGUCGAUUGAAAAGCGAUGAGCCUCUGUUAGUGCAGAAGAAUGAAAGGGCCUUUUAAAUUCCGAAAAUAGAUGUAAUCCCGAUCAAAAUAUAACAAAAGAUUGUCGCCAUUCCGGAGUGGGUGACAUGCUGGGCUGCUGUUGGUGUUGCUCGGCCCUACGCCCAAGGUACAAAAGACUCGUGGAUAACAUUUUCCCAGUCAAUCCUCAGGAUGGCUUGGUCAAAAACAAUAUGGAAAAGCUAACAUUUUACUCCUUGAGCAGUCCUGAAAAAUUGGACCGAAUUGGGGAAUACUUGUUUCAACGUGCUUCCAGAGAUAUUUACCGACGGCGCAAUGGAUUUGUCAUCAUUGCUAUGGAGGCGAUGGACCAACUUCUGGUUGCUUGUCAUGCUCAGACUUUAAACCUGUUUGUGGAAAGUUUUUUGAAGAUGGUCCAGAAGCUGCUAGAAUCGUCAGAACCUCAACUACAAAUAUUGGCUACACAAUCCUUUGUCAGGUUUGCCAACAUCGAAGAGGAUACGCCGUCUUAUCACACACGUUACGAUUUCUUUGUAUCAAAGUUCUCUGCAAUGUGCCACUCCAAUCACAACGACUUGGCAAUUCGCAAACAAAUACGCCUUGCCGGGAUACAGGGGCUGCAGGGCGUAGUAAGAAAAACACUAUCUGAUGAUUUAGUAGAAAAUAUUUGGGAACCUGUACAUAUGGAUAAAAUUGUUCCUUCACUGCUGUACAAUAUGCAAAAUUCUAGAUAUUUUGAGAAAGAGAAUGCCACCCCAGAAAGUCCAGCUGAAGAGAGAUCAGAUCCGCCACAGUUUGCAGAAAGUUGCAUGCGUGAAUUAGUUGGGCGUGCUUCCUUUGGACAUAUACGCUGCGUAAUUAGACCAGUGUUAAGGCAUUUGGAUUUGCAUCAACUCUGGGUUCCCAACUGUUUCGCAAUCCACACCUUCCGUAUCAUCAUGUUUUCCAUUCAGUCACAAUAUUCCUACACAGUCGUUGAAGCUUUAAUGACUCAUCUUGACGAGAAUUCUAAAUCUACUCCAAAAAUACGAACGAGUAUCGCUGAUACUUUAUCGAAGAUUAUUUCGAUCGCUGCUGGGGAGAGUGUUGGUCCAUCUGUAUUGGAAAUUAUAAAUUCCCUGUUAUCGCACCUUCGUGUAAGUGUAACAAGAAACCUGCCAUCAAGUAAUGACGAACAACUCUACCAAGAAGCACUGAUCAAUGCGUUAGGAGAAUUUGCAAAUCAUCUUCCUGAUUACCAGAAAAUUGAAAUAAUGAUGUUUAUCAUGAGCAAAGUUCCCUACAGCGAACCUGACAGUACAGCUUCAGUGGGAAAGGGAGACGUUUUACUUCAGAGCAUUCUUUUGAAAUCACUACUCAAGGUCGGCACAAAGUACCAAACAAUUCAUUUGAAUACAACAUUUCCAAUAAGUUUCUUGGAACCCCUGCUACGCAUGUCAUUGGCACCGGAUCCUGAAAUGAGAUUGCUGGUGCAAAAAAUUCUGCACACUCUGAUCGACAGGCAUCGCAACAUUGACAAGUUAGCGACACCCACUGUCAACAUAGGAAAUCUGGAACUUGUCAUUGAAAAAUCUUCACGACCUGAUGUAAUCUUCGUUCGGAAGCACGGCCCAGAAAUUUAUCAGGCUUUAUAUGAAUCAUUAGAACUACCAAGCAAUACAGUUGAAAAUAUCGAAGCUGUGUACACAACACUCGCUUUACUUGCUGUCGAACUCGCAACUGAAGAAACCGUUUUGGAAUUACUACGACUUGUACUGAGCCUGCAAGACUUGGCUCUCACUAGUGGACAAAUUAGCAAUUCCCUUAAAUUCAAUCUACAUGCAGUUGUGAUGUCCCUCUUGGUUCUCAUUUCGUACGUGUGCAAUAUAACGUCCCUCAUGGAUUAUGCGAGUAAGUUGGUUGAAGCACGUGAGAAAGAAGCUGUGCAUCUUUUGCCUGAGCUCAAAUCCCGUUACGAUGGUGAAUCUCAACUUUCAACGCGACUGCCACCCUCAGUUAUCAUCGAUCAAGCUGUUGUAAGCGAAUGUCUGAAGGGAGCAGGCUUAGACACUGGAAAGUUACAGCAAGGACCGGGAUACAGCAGUAGCUCUCUUCAGCAUAGACAUUCAUGGGUAGACAGCACUGGCCGAAGCUCAAUGGCUGAUAUAAAUGCUGGUGGAGCGGAACUCGAUAGCGCUGGUUCAUCUCCUGGUGUGCAAAAGAAAUUGCCUGGCGAAGAAUUAACGUUUGAAAGCAUGAAGAGAAUUCUAACAGAGAGCGGAGAGACUCGUAGAGAAGCUGAAGAAGAAAGGCGUCUGCAACUUUCGCAGCUUUUCAGAACUGCUCCUUUCCAGGAUCUAGUUGUAAAGACACAACCAAAGCAUGACAUGCUGCAAAACAAGUUAUCAGAAAUAUUUAAUACGCUCACAGUUGAGCCAAGAAACCCAAUUCAACCAGGAAUCCCGCCAGCUGAUGCAAAGCCAAGUCAAACACCGGCAUAUGAAGUUCAUUUUCCAGAAUUAUUUGUUUACUGAUUUGAUUAUCGUUCAGAGAUUUAAAAUACUGGGGUUUGUUUUAUUUGUUUUUAAUUAAUUCAACUUUUUCCAUUUCUAAUAAUACUACAAUUCCUGUACGCUUUAAAAUCGUACAAAGUCAUUUGUUGCACCGUAUCGAUUUAAUUAUUUCAUCAACUUUUCGUUACCUUUAGUUCUAAUUCUUGACUGCAAUCAAUUUUUUUUCAAUGACCAUACAUCCAACUGAUACAAUCCCUAAUUAGUUGAAGUACGGUCGUUUUCAUGUGACGGCUUUAUAAUUUAUACACAUAUACCUAUUUAAUCCGUACAAUAAUUUCCUCACAAGCGAAUAAAGAUUACAGCACUCCAUUAUCUAUGUUAUUGGAAUAUGUAAUUAAAAUAUUUCAUUAACAACAAUAACAUUAGAUAGCUAUGUAAGCCGAGAAAUGAAAUACAUUAAUUUACCAUUUAGUUACGAUAUUAUAAUUACUUAAGAGAACAAUUAGUUUGAAUUUUGGUUUUGUAAAAAAUUUCGACUUUUUUAAAAGUAUUUUUACAUAAUGUUUCUAAUAUUUCUAAGGAAUUUUUCCAAUCAAUCGAUGAAUUUGAAAAGGGGAAAAGGGGCAAUAAUUUAAAUGAUUAAAAUAAUCUUUAGAGUUUACUGCUAUGUGGCUAGUUGUGUAAUUUUUAGUACAACUUAAAGGUAUUAAUUCAAAUGGUUUCGAAAACAAUUUUUCCAGACAAAUUUCCUGAAUAUCAAGAUAUUUUCCUAUGGUGAUCAAACUCGAUUAUUUCUAAAAACGAGGUAUUGAAUAUACUAAUUACACUCAAUACGAAUCGUUAGAUAAUAGAUCGAAUACUAAUUAUCAUUAAGAAUUACAGUUCAUUUGGACGCGAUCACAACUGUAGAACACAAAAUACUUGAUGAUACUCUAAAGUUGCGUGUGUAUGUACAUACCUAUUCAAUGACCAAUAACAGCCAAUACUGCAUUGAAUAGAACACAUUAAAUUAAAUACAUUUUCAGUAGUCGCUUACAUACACAAACUUUAACACUCAAAUGUAGUUUGAAAUAACCAAAACUUGAGCAAUAUAGGAGCUGUAGCAUACUAUAACGUAAAAGAGAUGCAUAUUGGAACUUAUGCCACAUCAUCAACAUAAAAAGUAGUUAUAAAACAUUAGUUCUAAAAAAUAUCACCGCUUGUUACUUGCAAAAUUAAAAUAAUGUACAUUUGAUGUUUUUUAGUUACGGUACAUGGAUAAUAUCAAAUCAAAAGGCAUGUAACUCGUUUCUGUUAACUCUCUUUGGCAAGGCGGAAAGUGUGUCAAUUACUUAAAUGCUAUUACUUCACCGGAACUUUUUAUGACAGAUUACCGAUUUUGAUAAAUCCCUGACUAUGUGAGUAAAUUGCAUUAAAAGUCCAUUUCCUUGACAACUCCUAAUUCUGCAUCGCAGUAUCACUAAAAAAUUCUGUGAGAACCCAAAGAUUUUCUCGCCAAGUUGUAGGUAAAUAGAUAUUGCUAUGCGUAAAAUGUAUAUUCAUCGAAUUGUUAUUUAAUUUAAUUGAUAUUAACCAAUAAAAAUGAACGUGUAAGAAUUCCGGAUUGUUUAGCGUUUAUUGUAACGGAGUGUAAUACAUAAUAAAAAUUAAGAUUCAUUUUGUAGUGAAGGUGCAGAUGAAAUUCAGUUUCCUUUUCAGUUGAACAUAGCAGAUUGUUUAUUGAAUUUGAUCACAUAAAUUAUGUCUAUUGCAUAUUACAUAUGGUAAAUAUCAUCCAUAUUUAAAUAAUUUGUACAAAAAAUUCAGACAGUAGAUAUCCUGAAAUAAUCAAAUGAAACGAGCACAGUUUGUGUUUUAUUAUAUCAUGAAAAAUAGUAUGAGUUGAACACAGUGAAUUGACACAAAUUAUUUCUCACCACGAUCACAAAUACGAAUAAGAAAUUUUAGAUUUAAAUGCCACCUGGUUUGAAAGUGGAACAACUUUGAGUGCGAAACUCAAAUAUAUAUGUAAUAAUGUAUACACGUGUACGAUCAAGGUAGAUUUCAGGCGCGUAAUAGUUUCAUUAGAUACCAUUUGACAAAAUUUAUACUUAUACAUAGAUAUAUGCAUAUGCAGUCGUAGCUAACAGGUCAUUGAAUUAAGUUUGAUAAAACGAUUAUAGGAGUGAAGUGGAUGGAUAUUAUCUAACUAAUUG